AUGGCCGCCGAUCCAGGUGGCGGAACCCCACCGACCACGUUUGGUUCAAGGUUUCAAGUUUUGACCGUUGAUGAAGAAAGCAACGGAACUAUUGGAUGGAAAACAGCCAAAAAGCAAAGAAAUGGGAAAAGAACAGCACAGCGAAACGACCUCCACGAGCAACAAUUCGUCAAGCAGUUGAGGACAGGAGGUUGCGACAAUGGCGGACGGUUUCUGGUCGUAACUAGGACGGAUCCAGAAUGCACCAUGGACGAUCUCAAUCCGUUUGUUAUUAAAAAGUACUUCGACAACAUAACAUCUGGAGUACAAAUUUCGAGAUCCAAGGAAGGUACGUUACUUCUGAAGACCCUUGAUCGUUACCAAGCGGAAAAACUUCUGAAGCUAACGAAGUUAUGUGAAAGUGUUUCCGUCAAAAUCACUGAACAUACCACGAUGAAUCGAUCCAAAGGAACCAUCUUUUGCCCGGAUCUGAACAAGCUCGAUGACACUGUUAUAUUGGAAUAUCUGAAGGGAGCCCAUGUGACAGAAGUUAAGCGCAUGCAACGAAAGAAUUCCAAAGGCAAACUUGAGGACACCGGCUCGUUUAUUCUCACCUUCAAUCUGAGUUACUUGCCACAGACGAUUGAAGUUGGUUUUUACAGCUGCCGCAUAAGGUUGUACGUUCCCAAUCCAAUGAAAUGUACUUGCUGCCUCCGAUUUGGACAUCGAAAAGAUCAAUGUAAAGGUAACCAAGUUUGCGCAUCUUGUGGACUUCUACUCCACAACGGAACACCAUGCCCCAGACCAUUAACCUGCAUCAACUGCAACGGAAGCCAUCAUGCAUUGUCUAAACAAUGUCCGAAAUUUAUCGACGAAUUAGAAAUCCAGAGAAUAAGAGUUACUGAACGAAUUCCAAUGAAAGAAGCGAGACAAAAACGACGCCUCCAGGUACCACAAGCAGUCUUUGGAUUUUUACCAUCAUCUCGACCAACAUUCGCCCAUGUUGUGCAAAGCAGCGUGGCACCAAUUACAACACCAACACCAAGCCAACAACCCCAACAACAGCGAGCAUAUGAACGAAAAAUCAACAACCCACCAUCAAGCCCCACCCGUUCUCUUGAGUUACCGGAAACAAGCAGUUCUCACCAAAACUCCUCUCUCGUGUGCACUCCCGACGUCGAUGGAACUACGGAAGCCCGAACGCUGACCGAAAUGAUGCCGAAACCACUGUUGCCACAGGCGACGAUGACGAAGACGGAUACGACUGAUGAUAGGAACAACGUGACUUCCCUCACCUCUAGACGUGGCGUGGUGAUCAUUUUCUACCGGAAGCCGACUGAGCACAAAUGUUUCACCUACCACGGUACCACAAAUAGUACGAUAGCAGCGAGACAGCAUUAUUGGGUCAAAAAUAAAACGACACCGAAACUCGUCACCUUCUUAUGGAUGUCAACAACGUCGUUUACCGUUUCCCAUGCCAAGGCAGCUGCAAAGCAUGGCCAGGUGCUAAUAAAGGGGACUUUCUCACUUUCCAUUGAGGCCGGCCACACACUCAUCUGGAACGCCGUCCAGGGUGGAUGA